AAUUCCAAAGUGCCUAUUUCCCUCAGUAUUUAUAUCAGUUCUACGAACUAAGACACUAAAACAAAGUAUUGGCAUAAACUUAAUUAGGAUCAUAGUGUUAAUUUUGAUGGAUUUUGGGUCUUCUUUCUUCGUGACCCAAGAGAAGUUCAACCUGUUCCACAGAAUGGACAGAGAACUCUACAAGAUUCUUGUGGUGAGCCUUUUCCGCGAUCCAGCAGAGUCCAUGCAAGUCCAUGCAAUGUGGCUGUGGCUGGAGAGGGUGGGGUUUCGUAACGUGGUGAAGAGGGUAUUGGCCUUGCCCAACAUAUUGAUCAACGACGUUGCAGAUGAAACAGUAAUGUGCCUGAACUGCAUCAACAGUAACAACAAUAACUUAAAGAUGUCAUCUUUAUUCUCUUCCGAGAGCAGCGAGAUUCCCCUUCUCCAGAGCCUUGUGGAUAAGGAAAUCUCUCUCCAAUUCGUGUAUGAAAACCGAAGCAGCGCGCUUCAAGGAGUGGCCAAAGUGAUGCAAGAGGUGUGUGUGAGGGCAUUCACUGACAUCAUGCAGCAAGCCAUGAUAAGAAACUCAAACGACAGAGCAAUAAGACAAAGUAGUUCAUCAGAGAAUAACAACCAUAAUCAUGGGCCUGUGUGGUUUGGGUCAAUUGGGCCAGCUAAUUUGAGGGGUGAAGAAGUGCCAGCGGAUGAUAGGACUUUGUUCGUGACGUUCUCGAAGGGGUAUCGCGUGGAAGAGUGGGAAGUGAGAGAGUUCUUUGCCAUGGCGUAUGGGGAUUGCAUGGAGGCAUUGUUCAUGCAGGAAGUGCAGCCGAAUGAACAAGCACUCUUCGCUCGCAUUGUUUUUCGUAAUGUUUCCACCAUUGACAUGAUACUCAGAGGAGCUAACAAAGCCAAAUUCACCAUCAAUGGGAAGCAUGUGUGGGCUCGAAAGUUUGUGCCUAAACGAAACGCCACAAGGAGUUUGCUUGCAACAUCAUUCAACAACUUUCCCGGGGAAUCCUCCAGCUCUAGCUCUAGCUCUAGACCGUAGAGUAGACAACAAGUUGUUUUAAUUACUUUUUAUCAAUUUGUGAUGAUUUGCAUUUUAUGAUCCCAUAUGCCAUAUAUGUCUGUUUGUUUAAGAAGUGUGUGUGGAUUUCUAUGUUGUUCGGAUAUGUUUUCAUCAAAUUUGUCUAAGCUUUUUGUCCAAGCUCUUGAAAUAUAUGUAUCUCCAGAGAUUUUUAAUGGCAAGAAACUCUCAUGUUGUCCAAAGUUAUA